CCAUAAGCUUUAUACAUAACACAUGAGCAUAGGUUGCACCUAAGUGUUAGUAUUAAUAGAUUGUAACUAAGUUUUUAAUUAUACCUUUUAUUCUUUAAAACUAAGUUUAUGAAUGAAUUAUAUAUUUUUUUGAUGUGUUCCAAUUUUGUUAUUUAGUGAAUAUUUAAGGCAAAAUCAACAACAUGAAGGACAACGGUGUUGAGUAUCUUAGCAACAAGAAGCACAAAAUCGUGUUCGUUAUGGGCUCUACAGCUACCGGAAAAUCAAAACUCUCCGUCGACUUAGCCACUUUCUUCCCAUCCGAGAUCAUCAAUUCCGACAAGAUUCAGUUCUAUAAAGGCCUCGACAUAAUCACCAACAAGAUCAACCAAUCCGAUCGUCGCGGCGUUCCUCACCAUCUCCUCGGCGUAAUCCACGAUCCAGACGCUGAUUUAACUGCCGGAGAGUUCUGCAGUCUCGUCGAAGACGCAAUCGCCGACGUUAUCAGUCGCGGAUGUCUUCCAAUCGUCGUCGGAGGAUCAAACAACUACAUCGAGGCACUAGUUGAGAAUCCGAUUACUGAUUUUCGGUCGCGGUUCGAUUGUUGUUUCCUGUGGACCGAUGUUGCUCUGCCUGUUCUGUACAAGUACAUCGCGAAACGAGUGGAUCAAAUGGUGGAGUUAGGGUUAGUGGAAGAAGUUCGUGAGAUGUUCGUUCCUGGUGCUGACUACAGCCGCGGAAUCCGCCGCGCAAUCGGCGCUCCAGAGCUAGAUAGUUACUUCAAAGCAGAGAAGAACAACGAAGAAGAAACUUACAAGAAUGAUCUACUGAAAUCGGGGAUUCAUGAAAUUAAGGAAAACACCUGUAGACUGGCGCUCCGUCAAUUCGGAAAGAUCCACCGGCUGAGAGAUGAGAUCGGUUGGGGACUCCACAGGAUCGACGCAACGGCGGUGUUUGAAAAGAGCGGAGAAGAGGCGGCGGAUGAGUGGAUGAAUGGGGUUCUGAAACCGAGUUUGGGGAUCGUUGGAGAAUUCUUGAACGAAAAACAGAAAAUAAAUCAGAUGGAAACGAUGACGAAGAACCGAUCAAUGGGGGUUAUGGAUGAGUAUGAAGAAUUGAAAGCGAAAUGGAAUUUUGGAUCAAAUAACGCGAUUGGAUUUGGUUUAGUGAUUGUAUUUACGUCUUUAGGUUUGAUGACGAAUUGGAUUUGGAGUUGGAAAUGAAAUUUGGGGAAGGGAAACGCGGAAUGGAGCUUCAAACUUAGUGAAGAAAAAUACACAAGUUAACGUUCAACAAUAAAUUAAUAUCUACAAAAAUAUAUGAAAUCCAACGGUUUGAAAUAAAUCUGCUUGGUUAAAUUACUUAAUUAAUAAGAGUUUUAUGUAUCAAUAUAUAUAAUGUAAUGAAAUAUGA